GACGGCUCUAGCUAAAAUUAUUCUUACUUCUCCUCGUCUCAACUUGUGUUACGAGAUAUAUCUUAAACAAAAAUAUUACCUUCUUGUUUAAUUAACAAAAUAAAAAAAUGCGUUUAUCAAUAGUUAAUUUUUUCAAAAACACCGUUCCUGGUCACAUAUUUCGUGGUAAACGACGACUUGUCAAGCCAGUGAGUAAAAAAGCCAUGGAAACAUUAACCAGAGAAUACGACCGCCAAGAAGCUAUAAUGCUACUUUUAAGAAAUCCAUACUUGACUCAGGAGGAAUCUUCGGGCCAUGCUAAAGUUUUUGCAAAAAGAGAAACUUUGGUUAGGAAAUGGCAAGAUGCACAGGCAUUGAGCAAAAUGAAGCCACACAUUACAUUGGAAGAUCGUCUGAAUCACCUUAAAGUUAAAGAAGUUUGGGAUUAAUACAAUUCAAUGUUGUUGUUUUGUUAUUUUUAGUCGUAUAAAUCAAACUGGAGACUUAAAUAUAGUAUUUUAUUGCCGGUUGUUUUCUGUUAUGGACAUGAAUUAAAAGUUAAUCUUGGAAAGCACAUCA